GCUGAAAGAAAUUGUCAUUUGCUUGUUGUUCACAGUUGUUGAUAGUGUGGCACAAAGCCACUCCUCAGCCUUCGUGAGUCAGAGGGAAGUUCCUGACACAGGCAGAAGGGAAUUCAGAUUUCAGGCCAGAGCAAGAAAAGCGCUCACAACAUCACACACGGAUAAGCGCGCCACACAUACAAACAAAGAGCUGAGCUGGAGAACAAACAACGACCGAUUCAACCUUUUGAGCUGCGGAGAUGUAGAAGAGCAAAAUUGACCAGUGGAGAACUGCUGAAGGGAACAAACAUCAAGAGAAGUGGAGAACAGAAGGUUUGAGAAGCGUGGGAAAUCAGUCUGAAAGCGUUAUGGCUAACCUUCUGAGGGGACUCCUGGUAUGUUUAGUGGUGGCACAGACCAGUCAGGUCGAUGGAAAUGGGAGAAUGACUGCUCCACCAAGGAGUAUGAGGGGAUUCUAUGAUAAAUCUAACUACACAAACCAGCAGCUUGAUCUUUCCCGCCCCAGCAUGGACCCUCACCUGGAUGUGGAGCCUGAGGGCUCAGCAGCAGUAUACACCACAGGGGCCAUCAGCACUUGGAUCAUACCUUCAUCUUACAUCCUUACGAUCCUGGUGGGAAUCCCAUCUAAUACCUACAUUCUGGCGUUCCUCAGAGUCAGACUCACUUCAAAGACGUUAUCCACAGUGGUCCUGUACCUGAACCUGGCCCUGUCGGACCUGCUGCUCGUCCUGUCUCUUGCUCUGCGAGUUCACUACCACCUAAGCGGAAACAACUGGAUAUUUGGUGAAAUCUCCUGUCGGCUUAUUACAGCUCUAUUUUUUGGAAAUGUUUACUGCUCGGCUCAGACCAUCGCGUGCAUCAGCUUGAAGCGCUAUCUGGCUGUGGUCAAGCCAUUUCUGUACAGAAGGAUGGCUAAAACCAGCCUGGCAGUGUGGAUGUGCGUGGUUGUGUGUUUUCUGUAUGGAGCAGCUGUUGUGCCAGAGCUGCUGGUCAAGCAGAGCUACCACAUCCGAAGGCUGGAGAUCACGACGUGCCAUGAUGUACUUCCUCUAGAAGAACCCUCCCAUUCGCCGCUGGUGCCAUACAAACUGAUCCUCGUUUUUCUAGGCUUCUUACUACCGUUCAUGGUUUGUAUUUACACCCACGUCGCAGUGAUUUACCACCUGGAGCAAAGUUCCUGCGACUGGAAACUGUUCAUCAGAGUGAGCACUAUGGUUUUCAUCAUCUUCCUGGUGUGUUUUCUCCCCAGUGGCGUUCUGCAUGCUGCCCACUACAUCCGCCUCUUUUCCAGUGGGGAUGACACACUGUAUGGAUACUAUAGAUUAGCCGUUUGUCUCUGCUGUUUCCACAGUUGCCUGGAUCCCUUCCUGUGCAUACUCCUUUCCUUGACAGGAGACUCAGAGAUACAAUUCAUCUCUUGUAAUAGGAUACUACAGAGGCCAGCAGUUAUAGCAUAAUGCUGGAUAUUUCUAUCUCCAACAGGACAUGAAAAAAAGACUGUUUCUUCAAGUAUUAUAGAGAAGAGAGAUGAGGAAAAAAACUCUACAGUUCAAACAUAUCAUUGUUACAAAAAAAAUCUGUAAAGUUUCAUUUUGCCAGUAAUACGGCCAUAUUAAAUGAAUUUCAAUACUACAAUAAAGUGUAUUAAAUUAAGUAACUCAAUUCCAAUAGGGACGCCUGGAAUUGAGUUAAAAAACAUUAUAUAGAUUAAAUGCAGACAGACAGAUGUUUUCCAGCUUUCUGUUGAUGAUGAAUUUCUGAUAACAGCUAAUCAAAAGACAACAUGUGUUUCACACAGUAAGUUAUGUGGAUGAAGUUUUAAAAACCUGCCGAUUUAAGCUAUACCAAGCUAAAUACUUCAUAUGCACCUCAAGGCCUCAAAAGCCCAUUUCUAAAUACCUAAAAUAUUUUGAUCAAGGUGGUCGUCAUAUUACCUGGCACAGAAGAUGUUUAGAAUAAUGAAGAACAUCGUGGUAGUGCUUCGAUGUGGCUGGGUUUACUCCUGUCAGCUUGGCUGUAGGGAGAAGCAGAGCUGCAAGAGUCUGCUGAUGAUCUCCUGAGUUGAGGGCCUCGUUAAUCUCUGCAAUGGCUAUUAUACCUGAAAGUUUGACAAGAAAAACAAAGUCUAUUCUCUUAAAUAUCACUGGAUGUGAACACAGGUUUACACAGGUUAAUUACUAAAAGAAAAAAAAACAUGCUCCGUUUUGUGACUAGAACCAAAUACGAGUAUUUCUUACGUUCAUGCUCCUCUUGGACUUGAAUGUUAACCAUGUCGAUGCAUUUCUGAACAUCAUUCCAAGUGAGAAACUCUUGGUUCUUGGAAAGCGUCUCGGCUCGCUCUUCAAUUAGCAUGUCAGCAUACCUAUAAAAAAAAAGAGUUAUAUAGAAUUUAAAAGAGAUUCCAUAGAGGAAUCAAGAAUUGCAUUUGCAUCCUUAUGAAGGUUCCAAAACAUUUUUUCAUAAAAUAGUUCCUUCCGCUUCUUAAAUUCACUAAUUUCCACUAUAACCAGGGGUUGGCAAACUUCUACUGAACUUCUAACACAAAGAAAUCUUCCUGACUAAAUAAACUUUACAGUAAUUCACUCCCAUCCGUCAUACCUGUUGAGGUUGUCAUGCUCUAUAUUUGUGAAGCCCAGAGGAGAAUCUGUUAGCUGUUCAAUAACAGCCUGCGGGUCUUUAGUGUCCAGCACCUCGUUUAGAACCGCGACAGCCGACAGCAUCUCCACAGCUACGCUGAGCUCCUCGUGACUCAGUCCAGACUGUUGGACACAAAGUGAUCAAUCACAAACAACAGAUUAUUGCUGAAAAACACUCUGCCUUUUAUAAAAAAAAAAAAAAUGAAAGAAAAGCUAUUA